AGCCAAUCAGAAGCGUCCUCCAGAAGUAAAUAAAGUGCGGCUGAGUUCGUAUCAGCUGGCUGCAGGAGAAGCAGAGAGGAAAAACAUGGAGGCCGAGAGCCGCGAGACGGGGAGAGCUGAGAAGAGCUCAGCAGGCAGCGGCCGACAGGAAUCAGCAGGAGGCCUGUGGGAUUCUGUGAAGAAAGCUGCUUUUGUCAUCGGAUCUGGAAUUCUGUUCCUGGCUGCUUUUGGAAACUCGCUGACAUGGCAUCUUCAGAGAUUCUGGGGAGCUUCAGGAGAUUUCUGGCAGAAGUUGUGGACGAAGGUUUACCUGCAGUUUGAGGGUCACGAUGCUGCGUUGUUCUUCUUCGGAACCAUGCUGGCCCCGACGUUGGUGUUCUGGAUGCUGAACGGCCUGCUGCUGCUGGUGGACACUUCUGGGAAACCGUCCUUCAUCACUCGGUACCGGAUCCAGGAGGGCAGGAACGACCCGGUGGACCCGGCCAAGCUGCGGCAGGCGGUUCGGACCGUCCUGUUCAACCAGGUUCUGGUCUCCGGGUCCAUGGUGGUUCUGGUCUACCUGCUGGCCAGCCGGACCGGCCGGCCCUGCGGCCCGGAGCUGCCCACCUUCCACCGAGGCCUGAUGGAGCUCGGCCUGUUCUCCAUGCUGGAGGAGAUCCUCUUCUACUACUCACACAGGUUGUUCCACCAUCCCAGCCUCUACAAGCAUUUCCACAAGCAGCAUCAUGAAUGGACCGCUCCCAUCGGCGUCGUCUCCAUCUACGCUCAUCCUCUGGAGCACGUGAUCUCCAACAUGCUGCCGGUGGUGAUCGGACCCGUCCUGCUGGGCUCCCACAUCACCACCACCAGCGUGUGGUACUGCCUGGCUCUGGUCAGCACCACCGUGUCCCACUGCGGCUACCACCUGCCCUUCCUGCCGCCCGAGUUCCACGACUUCCACCACCUGCGGUUCAACCAGUGCUUCGGCGUGUUCGGCGUUCUGGACCGGCUGCACGGCACCGACUCGCGCUUCCGGCAGACGAAGCAGUACGAGCGGCACACCUUGCUCACCAGCCUGACCCCGCUCACCCACAGCAUCCCCGACACCCACAAGAAGGGCCGGUGACGACCUCCGACCCCCUGGCCAUUGAGGGAGCCCUAACCUUUGACCCCGGGAGCUCCUGCAGCGCUUUGAUUUGACAUGAAUCCGGUUGAUCGGUUCCAGCAGAACUUGGUCUCAUUUUGUAUUUCUGAUCCAGAUGUUUUCAGUGAAACAUGCAGAAUAUUUUCACAGGAACAUUAAAAUGUUUGUCGCAUUUUGA